AUGUCCACUUCAUCAGAAAAGUGGAUCGAUGGUCUUCAAUUUUCAUCUUUGUUCUGGCCGCCACCGCAAGAUGACCAACAGAGACAGGUAAGGAGAUAGCCCCAGCUCAUGAAAUUCGUCCUCCUUCCGUAUUUAAGUUUCUAUGGCCACCGAUUUGGUGCAUGAAUGACUCAAUUUCAUGUUCUGUGCAACAUAAGUUUUUUUUUCGUUUUUGAAGUUGGCUGUUUUGGCCACCCGACAUUCUGAUGACCCAACAGUACACGUUUUUAACGGGGAAAGAUGAUCCAAGUAUAUUAGAUUGCGCAAAAAACCUUACAUUUUCCCUUUUUUUUCCAACUUGUGUAACUCAAUGGAGCUUUCACAUCCUCCCAACUUGUGCAUCCCCUAUCCUUCCAGCUUGAGACGUCUCACAACUUUAUACAAAUUCUGCAUGUAUUAAGGAUACGUGCACAUAAAAUUUUUGCAGAGAAAACGUAUGCCAGCUUUUCUACACAUUAAUUUUCUGUCAAGAUGAUUGUAUGCAGAAAAAAAUGUAAUUCUUGACUUUAUAGAGGUAUUGAAAUUUUACAGUAUGUAUGUCUCCAUACUGGAGACAGGUAUCCUCCCAAACAAAGAAACAUUCCCUUUCGGAAAUUACUAGGAACUUUCUCCAUGUAAAUUUUCUGUCCACGUGGGGGUGCAUUUGAGAAAAUUUAAGGAAAAAACCUCCAUCGAUUUGCAUUUAUGGUAUUUCUGUAUGCUUGGAAUUAUCGUGCCUUGCUCCCUUUAAUGAGUGGUGAGAAUUUUUUUUUGUCAAAAGAUUCAACGUCCCCCGAACACACUUUUUUUUUCACUGGUUUGCACACUCUGUUCCCCUUGAUCAAAUGAAAACCUUUUACUUAUCAAUUAAUUUCAUUUGAAAAAGAAACAACACUGAAGAAAUCUGUAUCGAUGAUUUUCUUUUUGCUUGAUGUCGAUAUCUUGAAGAUUGACAUCCUUUAGUUCAUCAAACUUGAAUAUUCGGUUUUUUAUAGAAUCCAUCUUCUGGCCGAAAGUAGUUUUGCCCUCCACCCGUCUGAACAAGGACGGUUGACGACGUAGGUGCUUGAAAGGGGAGAAUGCCAAUUUCGCAUCUCACUAUGGUGUCAUUGUUGAUCAUCCCAUCUUGCUGAAUCCCUAUUCCCGUGGGUUAUGCAUCCUUUAAACUUAUGCGCGGUCUUGUUAUCAUGUCUAAUAGUGUCAUAAAAAAAUUCAUGAUCUUGAGUUUAUGCUUAUUUACCUUUUCAAAUAUUAAUUCGGGGCAAAUUGAAGGUGAGUGAGUUAAUUUGCAUCUUUCUACCUGAAUUCCUUAUAUAAUUCUUCGAAGCAUCCUUAUUCCAAGUUUAACUAUGAUAGGAUCACAAGAAGGAAUAGUGGGGGGAAGAAGGGAAUCUCCAUGUCUCAGGAACUCAGAGUCGUCAAAACAUCCACGUGAUUCACUAUUGAUAAAACUACAGAACUAGAGCACUGAAACACAACUCAUCACAAGUCAACUUAUUUUUAUUUGAACCUCAUCAGAAAUUAUAUUAUGUUUGGAAGACUCUUGCUAAUUCUAUCAUUUACUGUCUCAAAGGUUAAAGUUUCAUUCUGAUGCUUUUUAUACCUUUACCUAUUUAAUGAUGCAUAUUUCUGAUUACAAGGCAUAGAGUUUUCUAAUGUAUGUAGUCCCGGCACAAAAAGCCAUGUGAUCUCUGUCUACUAAUUUCUUAAUCCCUAAAUUUGCAUGGCGUUCGUCAAGGCCUUGGUUAUGAUUUUAUAACUGUCAAAAAUGUUGUGAAAAUAUUUAACGCCCAAGGGAAUCUUUUAACAUCCCUCCACAGCCUCCAUGAACUCGUUUUCUUCCUGUAACUCUUAUUUGAUUUAUUCAGAAAAAUGUUAGUUUGUGGAUGAUGUGUCUGCAAAAGUUAAUUUUACAAAGAAUCUCUUCAUUACGGUCCUACACAAUAUCUAAAUUUUCUAACUUAUUUUUAUCUCUUGAAGGCACAAACGAUGGCCUAUGUAGAAUACUUUGUUCAAUUCACCUCAGAGCGAUUUCCAGAAGAUGUAGCACAGGUAUAACUUUUAUAUCAAUUAAUUAAUCAUGGAUGAUCAAAAUCCUCUAGCGUCCGACUAGAUUCAAUUUUCGACAUGAAGAUCUUGCUUUGACAUUUAGAUUAUUUUUUCUCUCAUUUUCAGCUGAUUCAGAGCCACUAUCCGUCCAAAGAAAGGCGUCUAUUGGAUGAAGUAUUGGGUACAUAUCUCUCUUAUGCUUAUGUAUAUUAUAAUGAAGACAAGAUGCUGACGUCUUCUACAUUAAUUUGCAGCGACUUUUGUUCUUCAUCAUCCGGAGCAUGGCCAUGCCAUUGUCCAUCCAGUUCUUUCAUGUAUAAUUGAUGGGACAUUGGUGUACGACAAGAAUGAUGCUCCGUUUAGUUCUUUCAUUUCAUUAGUCAGUCAAAACAACGAGGUAUGCAAUAGUCAAGUAUUCUAUUUUUUUUUCAAAAAUUUGACUGAAAACAUUCAGAAUUUAAAUUAUUAGCGUCACUAGUGUUCUUGUUCCUUGGAAUAAUUGUACACUUUUAGUCUAAGGUUUUAGACUAUUAGAGAAAUUUCAUACUGAUCAAUAGCAGAUAAAAUUUGAAUUAAAUAUAUGUGCCUGCUCUAUUCGUUGGCAGUUGGGUUUGAAUACAUAAAUCAAGUCUGGAAAAAAAACCUUUUGUGAUAAAAAGGCCUAAUCUAUUCGUUACCCGCUAAUUUUUAGUUGCAUAAUCUGUUCUUUAACAUGGUAUCAUAGUUCCUGGUUCCAUCGGGGAGCUAAAUGCUAUUUUUCUUGCUUAUUGUCGUAUCCUAAAAGAAUCAAGCAGCAUGUGUGCUCGUGUGAUUGAGGGGGGGGUGGGUGGGUUGUAUGAUAGAAGAAUCUUAUUGUUGAGGAGAAUAAUUAUUCUGUGGUUAAAUAUAUUUGGCGACUCCACUCAUCGGCAGUUGAUAGCCAAUUCUUUUCGUACACAUAUCUUUUGGUAUUUUAAAACGUCAAUUUUGUGUAUUCACUAGAGAACAUGAUUUUGAACUUCUAGCUGAAUGUUGUUAAGCUCGUUACUUGCAGAAGGAGUAUUCUGAACAAUGGGCUCUGGCAUGUGGUGAAAUAUUGCGAGUAUUGACGCACUACAAUAGACCUAUUUAUAAGGUUGAUCAUCAGGCUGGUGAAGCAGAAAGCCACAGUGGAAGUGGUGCUACCACAAGUGAUUCGAAGGAGAUAGAAACUAUCCGUUCACCUAAGCAGGAGCAUGAACGGAAACCAUUAAGGCCUUUGUCCGCUUGGAUUACUGAUAUAUUGCUGGCUGCACCUUUGGGUAUUAGAAGUGACUACUUCCGCUGGUAAGAAAUGCUCAUAUUCCCUUGAUGCAUUCACUCGUCCUGAUAUAAAAAAGGGUAUGUUUACAAUGUGAAGAGUGUACAUUUCUUCAAUAUCAUAGCUUUAGCAAUUUUUUUAUGCCUCAACUGUGAAAUUGCAAAUAAAAUCCAUCAUUUAAUACUAAUGAGGUUUUAGAGUGUAUUCGCACUGAUAAUUUUUUCAGAUUUUCGAAAACUUGUUCAAAACACGCUCUCACCAUUGAAUCACCAUCUGAAUUUUGUUUUGAAACAUGUGCCCAUAAUUUGAACCAAAGCAUUCCUUAUUUUACUCAACUGAAUGGAGGAUAUUUUCCAUGAAUUUCUGGUGACUCGAGGUAUUGGAAAUUAUGUUUUUUAAUGUCAACAUAUAUUUAGCUAAUUUUACCCUAUGCAUUUUCUAGGAAAAUGAUCAGACAGUAAAGUCUGCAUGAGUGCAUCUCACUCGUUUUUAAUUGAUAAAAUAAUUGAUAAUCCACUUAUUUUAUUUUGAGCAUCUCACUCUAAUACACUUUACGUAAUGAAUGAAGUAAUUUAAAGGAAAGGAAACCCAUACUGGUGGGGUCUAACGGAUCUAUAUAAAAAAUAUCCUCACCUCUAUAAAAUAAUAUAUUUCGUAAUUCUUCCAACACAUCAAUUAUUGACUACUCAUAUUCAUUCCGAUGAUCAUCUGCCAAUAUAUAUUGAUUUUAGCUAGAGAAACACGGUCUUAUUCAUAUUCGGCACUUGGCUUAUUUCAGGUGCGGUGGAGUGAUGGGAAAAUAUGCAGCUGGCGGAGAACUUAAGCCCCCAAUUACAGGUUUAUGAGACUAAUCAUCAUGCGUGCUAUUUUCGUUUAUUUUUACAAAAGAAAGAAGGCUUACGCAUUCACCUUUUUGAAGCACAUUAUGAUCUAACAACACUUCGCGCUGAUGUGAACCUGUUCUUGAACAUAUGAUUGCGCGUUCUUCUCUUUUUUUUUUACUGAUCUGUUUGAAAUAAAUUCCCUCUACUCAUAGGCUGUUACAAAUUCCAGAUAAUGGUUGACAUCGUAUACCCACGUGCUUCCGUAUUAGAAUAGUAUAUUACCUUUUGGUUCUUUACUUUUGACUUUUUGAGCCCUGAUAACUUUUUAUUAUUGGUCUUCUCCACCGCAUUAUAUCCCUAAAUGACUUCAAGUUGGGUGCUUGAUGUGAAUUUAUCUGCAUUGUAUCCCUCUGAUUAUCUGCUUUUUCUAUUGCACACGACUGUCUAACUUGUUCUAUGAGAAAUACUCAUUACUCUAUUUCUGUCGGUCACCAGCUUCUAGCCGUGGAUCUGGCAAGCAUCCUCAGCUUAUGCCGUCGACACCAAGGUGGGCUGUUGCAAAUGGAGCUGGUGUAAUUUUGAGUGUUUGUGAUGAGGAAGUUGCUCGUUACGAGACUGCAAAUUUAACCGCUGCAGCUGUUCCCGCGCUUUUGCUUCCACCUCCGACAACUCCUUUAGAUGAGCAUCUUGUUGCAGGGUUACCCCCUCUUGAACCAUAUGCUCGGCUGUUCCAUCGGUAGGUCUUUAAGACCGAUCAAGUCAUUACCGUUUUAUGCUCUCAAAAGUUCCGUCUUUGUGACAAUAUUAUUUUAUGUAUCAUUGGUUUUAGUUACUACGCCAUUGCCACUCCGAGUGCCACCCAACGGCUUCUUCUUGGACUCCUGGAGGCACCACCUUCUUGGGCACCAGAUGCAUUAGAUGCUGCUGUACAAUUGGUGGAACUCCUCAGGGCAGCUGAGGAUUAUGCGACAGGCAUGAGGGUAAGGAAGUUGUAGAGCCAGACUACCAUACUCUCCGUUUGCUAUAUUAUUUACCAUUCUUAGGUGCUCACGAUUUUUAUACUGUAUGUUAAUGCGAUCCUCAUUAUUAGGUGCGGCACGUUGCGUAAGGGUCGUGAUGAUUUAGUUGUUUGCAUUUAAUACCUUUAUCGAAUGGUUGAGGCUUUUUUCCUCUUUAUUUUUUUUCCAAUCCCAUUGCGAGAUUGCCGUGCGCUUGAAACGCAUCGAACUGUCAGAUUUCUUCCUAUCAGAAAUGCACCGAGACUAAAGUACUUCUCUCUGUCAUUCCAGCUCCCACGAAACUGGAUGCAUUUGCAUUUUCUGCGUGCAAUUGGGACGGCAAUGUCUAUGAGGGCGGGCAUAGCUGCGGACGCUGCUGCAGCCUUGUUGUUUCGCGUGCUUUCACAGCCCACUCUUCUUUUUCCUCCAUUGAGGCAGGCCGAAGGAGUUGAGGUCCUUCAUGAACCUCUCGGUGGUUACGUGUCUCCCUUUAGAAAACAGGUUAGACCCGAAGCUAAAACUCUGAUCUUUUUCUGGUCUAUAUUCUCAAAGCGAUGUUCAUCUGCUUCUGCUGCUUUCUUGGUCCCCAUGCUCCUUCCUUCCACUAACUAAUACACUUCCACCCAAUUGCACAACCAGAUGGAGGCUUCUGGCGACGAAGCCACCAUGGAAGCCACUGCCCAGGGGAUCGCUUCAAUGCUAUGUGCACACGGCCCAGACGUCGAGUGGAGGAUCUGUACCAUCUGGGAAGCCGCUUAUGGUCUUCUCCCUUUGAGCUCCUCGGCUGUAGAUCUGCCCGAAAUCGUCGUCGCAUCUCCGUUACAGCCGCCUCCCUUAUCGUGGAAUUUAUAUUUGCCUCUGAUCAAAGUCCUGGAAUAUCUUCCUCGUGGAAGCCCAUCUGAAGCGUGCCUUAUGAGGAUCUUCGUAGCCACCGUGGAAGCAAUUCUUAGAAGAACAUUUCCACCCGAAUCAUCCGUGGAGAAGGCAAAAAAGUCGAGGAUUAACGGCGGUAUGUGGUCUACUCCCAAGAAUCUUGCUGUGGCUGAGCUUCGUACAAUGGUCCAUUCACUGUUUCUGGAGGCGUGUGCCUCCAUGGAUCUUGCUUCUCGUCUGCUAUUCGUCGUGCUGACCGUGUGCGUGAGCCAUGAAGCGCUUCCCAAUGGGAGCAAGAGGCCCACAGGGGAUUUCGUUCAGUCUUCUGACGAUAUUGCGGGAGAAGGAAAGAAUAUCAACGGGAAGACGAACAUGAAGAGCAGAACGAGGAAGAAGCAGGGCCCCGUCGCAACGUUCGAUUCCUAUGUUCUUGCUGCCGUCUGUGCUUUGGCUUGUGAGCUUCAGUUGUUCCCCUUCAUCUCGAAGAGCAGCAGUAAGUCUUCCGACUCCAAGGACCCCCUGAGGAUCUCGAAAUCUGCCGGAGUUAAUGGGGAAUGCAAUGAUCUGGAGAACGGGAUCGGCUCCGCGGUUCAUCACUCUCGCAGGAUAUUAGGGAUUUUGGAAGCACUCUUCUCCCUGAAGCCGUCCUCGGUGGGCACCUCCUGGAGUUACAGCUCAAACGAGAUUGUGGCCGCGGCCAUGGUUGCAGCUCAUGUUUCUGACUUAUUUGGACGAUCAAAGGCCUGCACGAAUGCUCUCUCUGUCCUCAUGCGGUGUAAGUGGGACACGGAGAUCUGCACGAGAGCGUCCUCACUUUAUCACCUGAUAGACAUCCACGGUAAGACUGUUGCAUCCAUCGUCGACAAGGCGGAACCCCUGGAGGCGCGUGCCCCUCUGUGGAGGGACUCCCUGGUCUGUUACAGUGGUAAGAAGCCGAACAACUAUUCGAGCAGCAGAAGCUACGAAGCAGGGGGGCCUUCCACUCUGCAGCGCGAAGGAGACGGUGAAUCCGGGGCCACGGGGCCGUUUAUUGGUUGCGAGAAAGCCAUCCUGUUGGGAGAUAAUGUGGUGAACACCUCAGGGAAGACCAUUGCGAGCUUACUGGAAGAUGCCUCGGACUUGGCUAAUUUUCUCACUGCAGAUCGGCACAUCGGGUUCAACUGUAGUGCCCAAGCUCUUCUGAGAUCCGUGCUCGCAGAGAAGCACGAAUUAUGCUUCUCCGUCGUUUCUCUGCUGUGGCACAAGCUGAUUGCGGCGCCAGAAACACAAAUGAGUCCAGAGAGUACAUCCGCUCAGCAGGGUUGGAGGCAGGUAAGCGCGGUUCACUACCCCACCGAUGAAUUUGCAAGCAAUUCCUGCCUUCCUUCCUUUGGCGAUAUGGCAGACUUUUCGUUUAUUUAUCGCAUGCGAGCACUAAAAGAUUAUGUCUCCCAUUCUUCAUCUGGGUUCAGGUAGUUGACGCCUUGUGCAACGUGGUGGCUGCAUCGCCGACGAAAGCAUCGACGGCGAUUGUUCUCCAGGUAUGCAGUGGACUCUCUCUCUCUCUCUCUCUGUGUCUCUGCCCCCAACCCGCAUUUGUCUUUAUUGUUUCCGUACUUUGAUCGCCCUGCAGGCAGAGAAAGACUUGCAGCCAUGGAUUGCCAGAGAUGAUGAGCAGGGUCAAAAGCUCUGGAGGAUCAACCAGCGCAUCGUCAAAUUGAUCGUAGAACUGAUGAGAAGUCACGAAAGCCCUGAAGCAUUAAUUAUUUUGGCGAGUGCUUCAGAUCUUCUGCUCCGCGCCACGGAUGGAAUGCUUGUCGACGGCGAGGCCUGCACUCUGCCGCAACUGGAGGUAAUGCUUCCCCUCCCAAGAACGCAUAGAUGCAAUUCCGUUUCUUUUAGAUGCAACUUCUCCAUCGCUUGAGCUCGGUUUUCUCGGAUAAGCUUUCUCGCGUCGCUUCGUCAUGAUCGACGAUAUCUCCAUGCAUUGACAACUUCUCCCUCCCCUCCCCCCCCCCUCGAGAACCUUCAUUUGGCCGCUGAUCACACUCUGAAAAGAGACCGAAAUCCGUCACUUCCACACCUCCGGUGGACCUGCAUCUCUGUAGUUGUUGUAGGAGGUGUCGCCGUCGGACUGCCCGCGGUGUUGCCGCUAUGCUCAUCCCGAGAACCCCCCUCCCUCCCUCUUCAUUCUGAAAAAUCGAAUCGAGGCAGGUGCCAAUCAAGUCCUGUCCAGUCCAGUCUAGUACAAUCUCAUCGUAUGGGAUCUUUCUGUCUGUUCUGUGUUGAUACUGGGUCUGUUUUCAUCACUAACUGUGUUCCGCCUGAUUGUUGAAUCCUCUGAGAUCCUUUCCCAUCUAUAUGGAAAAUACAUGAGCAGCUCCUGGAAGUGACAGCAAGGGCCGUACAGCUCGUCCUCUACUGGGGCGAAUCCGGGUUGGCCGCCGCCGACGGCCUCUCCAACCUCCUCAAGGUGGGCACACCCUUCUCUUCUUUCUCCAACCCCCCACUUCCCCCCUUCUCUCUCUUUCUCUCUCUCUCUCUCGUCUCUAUCUCUCACCGACUGACGAGGCCCCCAUGCAUGCGGUUGCCUGCGCAGUGCCGGCUGCCCGCAACGAUCCGGUGCCUCUCCCACCCGAGCGCGCACGUGCGGGCGCUGAGCACGUCGGUCCUGAGGGACAUCCUGAACAGCACGCCGAUGCAGCAAGGCAGCAAUAGCAUGGGCGGCGGCGGGGGGGAGGAGCCCUGUGGGGCCCAGUACCGGGGGCUGAACCUGGGGGCCGUCGACUGGCACGCCGACAUCGAGAAGUGCCUCAUGUGGGAGGUCCACAGCCGCCGCGCCACCGGGAUGACCCUCGCCUUCCUCAACGACGCCGCCAAGGAGCUCGGCUGCACCACGGCCACCACCUGCUGA